GUAGAGAACCAGCUGAUGCGGCAGCGGGAAGCAGAAAGUUCUCCAGAACCCGUGGAGCUGAAGUUCCUGCAGUUUAAUUUCAUAGAACCGGUCCAAACGAACUGGUGGUUCUGGCACACAGCGGGGAAGUACUGGAUCUGUCCAGCAGAAGGCGCACUGUCUCCCACUCUGCAAUAAAUCAGUUAUUUGUCUUCACACACGGACAACACUUUAUAUUAAAACCGGAAGGAAUGAAAAGUCGGAUCCAGAGAGAAGAAAACCAGCUUCUGCUCAAGAAGUUCUGCUCAGUGUUGGAUCGGACCAUGCAGACAGAAAGGAACAGGAGAGGAUUUGAGGAGCAUUUUAUUGAACGGCAGCACUUGAAACUCAAAGAUCUAAAAACAAAAGCUCGAGAUGGAGGAUCGGGGCUAUGUGGGAUCUGGAGGGAUGGAGGCUUCAGGAACCCAUUCGGAGAACCUUGGAUAUGGUGGAGUCUGGCUGUGGGAACAGACCAGAUGAAGGACGCAGAGACGAGGCUCCUGGAGAAGACGUUCCCAGACCGGACGGAGGGCGAAGAACCUGAGCAGCAGAACUUCCUGUGGAGGUUUGCCACGUCUCCAGCCUUCAAGGAGACGUCCCGGCUGGGCUGGUACCGCUUCACCUUCCCCCUGCAGGAGGUGCUGACGGCCUACAGCGAGCAGUUCUGCUCUGGAGCCCGACCCAUCAUGCGGACGUACAGAACUGUGCUGUACUCCCAGGAAGUGAUGCACGUGGUUCUGAUCCACAGUCCAGCCAAUGAGAGGAAGUUCUCCCAGUACCCCCCCCUGAGCGACGCCCCGGACGCCGUGUGUAUUUACAGAGAUGGACAUUUUCUGUGGAGACCAGAGGCGAUGUGUGAGACUCACGGGUACGAGCUGAUCAACCGGCAGGGAAGCAAUCAUCUGGAAGCCCUGAGCGCCUCCCCACCUCAGUUCUAUGUUUGGGAUCACGUCGCUGUCGCCCUCCAUGUGGGUCAGAACCAGGUAAUGAAGUUUAGUGCUGAUCAGCUGAGAGCCAGGCUGGGGUUCUGCCAGCUGGAUACAGUGAACUAUAGUGCAGCCAGUGAAAAGCCGGAGGAUUUUGAGGACGCUAAAGCAGCAGUGAGGAGGCUGUGGCCGGGCUGGAGCGGCCCUCUGCAGAUGGAGCCCUCCCUGAAGCAGAGCUUAACAGUUUCAGACAUCCAGCUGGUUCUGGUUGGGUGGGAUGGAGUUGGAAAGAGCUCCAGUGGGAACACCAUCCUGGGAAGAAACGGCUUCAGGACCAGGGCUGCAGUCAGUCCGCCUUCAGGUAGAAGCCAGUGUUGUCUGCAGAGAGCCAACGUCUUCGGCAGGGAGGUGACCGUCAUCAGCACUCCGGCUCUCCCAGAAACAUCCGACCCUGAGGUCAGGAACGAGAUCUUCAGGUGCAUCAACCGGUCGACGCCGGCGCCUCACGCCAUCCUGCUGGUCGUCAGACUGGGGCUCCUCACCACGCAUGUGGAGGAAACAGUGAAGCACAUGGAAAAGAUGUUUGGAGGAAAUGUCUGGAGGCGCACCAUGAUCCUGUUGACCCACCAGAACCAGGCAGAACCAGAGAUCCAGAGCCAGCUAAAGGAGAUUGAAAACCAACUGAAACUCCUGUUCAGGAAAGUGCGUGUCUGUGAGGCUGAGUGUCCUGUGAUGGAGUGGAGUCCUGUCCAAGGCAGACUCUGCCUCUCACCCAGUGACCGCUGGAGACAGACGAGCAGGACGGCUGAAGCUGAAACUGAGGUCUGGUUGCAGAAGAAAGACGUGGCUGUGAGGAUUCACUGAGACAAAA